AACGCCAGAAUCGGGCCAAGCCCUAACUCGUUCGUGAAAACUAUCCCGCCAAUCCAUCCCGCGUCUCGAAAUUUGAAGCUUUCAGCCUGUAUCCUCAUUUCUUCGUUUCUCUUCCAUAUCGUGGCUGACAGACCUACUCCGUUUCGCCGGGGACUGAUUCGCCAACGACGUUGGAAGUCACAUUUUUAUGGGAGGCUAAUUCAGCUGGAGGUUCCAUGUCUAAAGAUAAGCUUCCAAAAGCCAACUGGACGCAACAUGCUACUGCCCAUGAUAAUUUUUCAUGCCAAGAUGAGUUCUUGAGUUCGAACAUCCUUUUCUCUCUACCGACACAAAGACAUUGUACCAGAGAAGAAAUGAAUGCCAGGUCAAUGACUUGUCAAAUCAGAAGUGUAACAAAAUUGGAAGCUGAAAAGGCUUGGAAGCUUCUAACCAGCCUCAAGUUGUCUCCCAAGAGUUACACAAGACCAGGGAAAACUCUACAACUAACCAAAGAUACCAAUGCUUUUUCACAACACUCUAAUCACACACAGAUCCCACGUGCAUCUGAUGGAAACUGUGCUCCAGCGAGGUGCAGGCCAGUGCAUCAAGGUGUUGGUGAAGAUGGUGAAAACAGUGACUCGAGAAGGUAUGCAGGCAAUUGUUUUCCACCACACUCAAGUGGCAUAGCAGAAACAGGGAAUGUUGUGAACAGGCAGAGUGGAGUAGAUAAUUCACAUGCUCGAGGUGUAGGGGAAAUAUCCAGCAGUCAUGCAAAUGGUGCAAGCAAGAAGACACGGGAGGCGUAUACCACUUGUGCUGAUGAAACUGAAGAAGAUGACAUUCUUCUGAAUAUAGAUGUUGACCAAAUAGUUGAACACUAUCAGACCAACUGCACGCCACAGCCUUCUGUCUCCAGGGUUCCGUCAACUACUCCAGUUACAAAUUCUCAAAGUUUGGCUGGACAUGAGGAGACAAACUUGCCACCGGAGUUGUCCAUAAACUGCAACCAUGGUUUGCAGCUAGGACUUUGCCCUGGAGCCUUGGAUCAUUUACAAGAGAUGAAGGAUAAGCUAAUUGAGAUUUCAAAUGAUCUUCUUGACAAUGUUUCAGACCUGAGUUCAGAACAGAUUGAAAUGCUUCGCCAAGAACGGUCACAGCUGAAGCUGCAAAUUCAGCACCUUGAAAAAUUUCUUCAAACUGUAUCAGGCAAUGAAGAAAGAAAGAUGUCACAGUGUUCUGCUUCCACACUAACUUCUGGCUUUCAAUAUGAAACACCUUCUGCCUUUCAGUAUGCCACACCUUCUUCAUUCCCUUCAAGGCUUAAUCCUACGAGACUCGACACACAGUUUAGUGGAUACAAUGAGUCCAGUCACUUUGACAACUGGAAUUCAUCAUCACUUUCAUUUGAUGUGACUGGUGGAUAUGGUCUUUCAACAGCCCCAGUGGAAAGAGAACCAUACAUCCCAAAGUAUCUUGAAGUUAACUAUAUUGAUGGUUCAAAUGACAAGAAGUGGAGUAGCCGAGAUUUCCCUUGGACAAAGAAGCUUGAGGCCAAUAACAAAAAGGUAUUUGGAAAUCACUCUUUUCGUCCUAAUCAACGAGAGGUGAUAAAUGCAACAAUGAGCGGAAAUGAUGUAUUUGUUUUAAUGCCAACAGGAGGAGGCAAAAGUCUGACAUAUCAGCUUCCUGGUCUUAUUUGUCCUGGGAUUACUUUGGUUAUUUCACCUCUUGUUUCGCUCAUCCAAGAUCAGAUAAUGCAUUUGCUGCAGGUUAACAUACCUGCUGCUUAUCUUAGUUCCAACAUGGAGUGGACUGAGCAACAGGAGAUACUUAGAGAGCUCAAUUCAGAUGGUUCCAAAUACAAAUUUUUAUAUGUUACCCCAGAGAAAGUUGCCAAAAGUGAUGUUCUAUUGAGACACUUGGAAAGUCUACAUACUCGUGAUACACUUGCUAGAAUUGUUAUUGAUGAAGCACAUUGCGUAAGCCAAUGGGGACAUGAUUUCAGGCCUGAUUAUCAGGGUCUAGGUAUCCUGAAGCAAAAGUUCCCUACCGUGCCUGUUCUGGCCUUGACUGCAACUGCUACAAUAAGUGUCAAGGAGGAUGUUGUUCAGGCUCUUGGUCUUGCCAACUGCAUUAUUUUCCGACAAAGCUUCAAUCGUCCAAAUUUAAGAUAUACUGUUAUCCCAAAGACAAAGAAGUGUUUGGAAGACAUUGGCACUUUUAUAAAGAAUAAUCAUUUCGAUCAAUGCGGGAUAAUUUAUUGUCUUUCUAGAAUGGAUUGUGAGAGAGUAGCAGAAAAGCUGCAGGAAUACGGACAUAAAGCAGCAUUUUAUCAUGGCAGCAUGGAUGGUGCUCAACGAGCUAACAUCCAGAAGCAGUGGAGCAAAGAUGAGAUCAAUAUUAUAUGUGCAACUAUUGCGUUUGGAAUGGGUAUCAACAAGCCAAACGUUCGUUUUGUCAUUCAUCAUUCUUUGCCAAAAUCUAUUGAAGGGUACCAUCAGGAGUGUGGUCGUGCUGGUAGAGAUGGUCUACCUUCCUCUUGUGUUCUGUACUACAGUUAUAGUGAUUAUAUACGAGUCAAGCAUAUGAUCAGUCAAGGCACUGUAGAGCAGAGUCCCUUUGGGUCUGGAUACGGUCGUUCAAAUGUGGCAGCUUCAGGGAGGAACCUUGAGACAAACGUGGAAAAUCUUCUAAGAAUGGUCAGUUACUGUGAGAAUGAAGUUGAUUGUCGUCGUCUCCUUCAGCUUAUUCACUUUGGAGAGAAAUUCGAAUCUACCAACUGCAGAAAAACAUGUGAUAAUUGCUGCAAGACUCAGAACUGUAUUGAGAAAGAUGUCACUGAAGUUGCAAAGCAAUUAGUUGAAUUGGUGAAGAUGACAGGACAAAAAUUCUCGUCAGCCCAUGUUUUGGAAGUCUUCAGGGGCUCCUUGAGUCAAUAUGUGAAGAAACACAGACACGAGUCCUUGCAUCUGCAUGGAGCUGGAAAGAAGCUCGCCAAGGGUGAAGCAUCCUGCGUGCUACGUCAUCUUGUUACUGAAGAUAUUCUUGUGGAGGAUGUUAAAAAAAGUGACCUUUAUGGAUCCGUUUCAUCAGUCCUAAAGGUGAAUGAAUCAAAGGCCUAUAAUCUAUUUGCUGGUGGUCAGACUAUGAGAUUAAGGUUCCCUUCAUUUGUGAAGGCAUCUAAACUGGGUAAAUAUGAUGCCACUCCAGCAAAAGGUUCACUAACAUCAGGAAAGCAGAGUCCUCCAAGGACAGACCCUUCUGGUGUACCUCAAUCUACAUUUGAUCCAACCCUUUCAGCGAUACUGUAUUCAGCUCUACGGAAACUUCGUACUAAUAUUGUUAGGGAAUCCGGAGAUGGUGUCAUGGCUUACCAUAUAUUUGGAGAUGACACCCUGCAGCUGAUUGGCCAGAAAGUACCUAGAACUAUAAAUGAGCUACGUGACAUCAAUGGAAUUGGCAAGGUAAAAAUCAACAAGUACGGGGAUAAGGUGCUGGAAACCAUUGAGGCUACGGUCAGGGAUUACUAUAAGUCAGAUAAGACGAGUAGCAGCGGCAAUGACAAUACUGAUUCAGGUAAAAAGAGGAGAAAUUCCAUCGAUGUACAAAACGGGAACUCCAAAGAUGAAGAGUUCUUCACUGAAAGCACUGGAUGUACUAAGAAAAGGGUGUUAAAGAAGCAGAACAAACAUGCUGAGGUUAUUGACUAUAGGGACCUUGGGUAUUUUGAUGAAUGUAUAGACGGUGACCUUGAUUUCGAUGAGAACAUGAUGCCUUAGUGAAUGUUUCCUAUUUCAAAAGUUGAUCAGAAUGAAAGAAGCAUUCCAUGAUCAACAUCCCAGGUAGUAUCGUUCGGAGUUAGCAUCACAGUUUGCAUGGGUGAAAAGUUUAUGAUCACCACACUGUUUUUAUUAAUUUGGGUGAAAUGUAAAUCUGUUAACAAAGCUGCUGGAACAAGGCUCAAUUUCCAGCUACUAUGAGAUGCUAACUUAAUCUUGCUAUGAUUCAUCGUAGUGUAUAUAAUAUUUCUCUUUUCUAUAUAUUAGUUGAUUGCUAAAUUUUCUAUUGGAUUCAUCAGGACUUUCUGAAUGCUGCUUGCUACCGUUUUAAAUGUCUUUUAACCUUAAGUAAUUUG